AUGCAAGCCCUGCAAGCAUCUCUCUCAGCCCUGAACUCUGCUUUCAGUUCUUUGAAACCUGAGCUGCUGGAAGUUUUGCAGCAAUCCUUAAAGCAACUGCAAAACCUUCUGACCAAAAUGUUGCUUAUUUUGCCAGAAGUUGUUGAGAGUUUAUCCUCUAAAGAGACUCUUGUUCUACGCAACAUCUCUUUUGUUCUGAGCACCAGGAACCCCACCCCAUCAGAGGUUCUGUCAGCUGGUCAGCCCUCCUCACCAAAGGUUCUGUCUAGCAUUCAGCACUUCUCACCAGAGUUUCAAUCUACUGUGCAGCCCUAUUCACCAUUGGUUCUAUCUCCUUUUCAGCUGUCCUCACCAGAGCCCACCCCAUCAGACGUUCUGUCAGCUGGUCAGCCCUCCUCACCAAAGGUUCUGUCUAGCAUUCAGCACUUCUCACCAAAGUUUCAAUCUUCUGUGCAGCCCUAUUCACCAUUGGUUCUAUCUCCUUUUCAGCUGUCCUCACCAGAGCCCUCCUCACCAGAAGUUCUUCCUGUUGUGCAUCCCACCCCAUCAGACGUUCUGUCAGCUGGUCAGCCCUCCUCACCAAAGGUUCUGUCUAGCAUUCAGCACUUCUCACCAGAGUUUCAAUCUACUGUGCAGCCCUAUUCACCAUUGGUUCUAUCUCCUUUUCAGCUGUCCUCACCAGAGCCCACCCCAUCAGACGUUCUGUCAGCUGGUCAGCCCUCCUCACCAAAGGUUCUGUCUAGCAUUCAGCACUUCUCACCAGAGUUUCAAUCUUCUGUCCCUAUUCACCAUUGGUUCUAUCUCCUUUUCAGCUGUCCUCACCAGAGAGAUUUUGUCUGCUUUGAAACCCACCUCACAAGAGGUUCUCUUUAUUUUUCACCCUCCUCACCUGAGGUUCUGUCUGUUGUGCAACCCUCUUCACCAGAGGUUAUGUCUGUUGUGGAGCCCUCCUCACCAGAGGUUAUGUCUGCUUUGCAACCCACCUCACCAGAGGUUCUUUCUAUUGUUCACUCCUCCUCACCUAAGGCUCUGUCUGUUGUGCAACCCUCUUCACCAGAGGUUAUGUCUGCUUUGCAACCCACCUCACCAGAGGUUCUUUCUGUUGUUCACUCCUCCUCACCUGAGGUUCUGUCUGUUGUGCAACCCUCUUCACCAGAGAAUCUAUGUACUGUGCAACCCUCCUCACAAGAGGUUCUGUCUGCUGUUCACCACUCCUCAUAA